AUGUCUGACACAAAUGAUACUGUAGAAGAAGAAGAAGAAUUCUAUUCUGGUUCAGACUUAGCUCUGUCUAUUUCUGCUCGAUUUUGGCUUUAUCUUGUUCCGAAUGUAUUAUCUAUUCUAUGUUCAUUUUUCGUCCUUUAUUAUCUCUUAUUUGAUCGAACUCGUCGUCAAGCAUUGAAUAAUCAUGUAUUCAUUGUUCUUCUAUUCAUUGGUCUUUUAUUUGAACUAAUAGAUAUUCCAUUGACUCUUCAUUACUAUCGUUUUGGUGAUUCUUGGCAAUUAACACCUAGUGUUUCUCUUUUCUGGACAUAUAUCGAUUUUGCAUUGUAUACAACACAAAUAAUUAUUUUUGCUUGGGCUACAAUUGAAAGACAUAUACUUACAUUUAAGUUUCAGUGGUUAUCAACAAAAAAGAAACGUUUUUUUAUUCAUUAUCUACCGUUAAUUACACUUAUCAUAUAUAUUUUUAUCUAUUGUUGUUUUAUAAUUUAUUUUCCACCUUGUGAAAAUUCAUAUUAUCAUUCAUAUAUCAAUGGUGUUCCUAUUCCUUGUGUAAUUGAAAAAACAAUUAUCGGCAAACUUGAUCUUAUAUGCCAUCAAAUUAUUCCAACAUUCAUUAUUGUUAUUUUUAGUAUUGCUCUUGGUAUCCGUAUACUAUAUGAAAAAAAUCGUUUGAAUCAAUUGAUUCAAUGGCGAAAACAACGAAAAAUAGCAAUUCAAUUAUUAAAUACUUCAAUGCUCUAUUUUUUCUUCAAUUUUCCAUGGACAGUAAUUGAUCUAUCCUAUGAAAUUGGUUUAUCAAUUGAUUAUAUAAUUAGAGUUAGAUCUUAUGCGUAUUAUUUUUCAUGUUACAUAAUAUUUUUAUUUCCAUUUGUUUAUUGUGGAUCAUUGUCGGGAUUUCGGAAGAAGCUGAAGAAAUUUCUAUGUUGUCAACGAAAUCGAAGAGUAAUUCCUCUUCAACCCUUACCUAUGAAACAUGUACGCAGAACUCGAUUUGAUCAAAAUGGACGUAUUAUCUAUUAG